GCAGCAAAUCCUCUCAUCCGCUAUCCACAGGACCAUUAUGAUCGUGGACAAGUCACAGCUCCCCGGAGACGAAGUCGAGAUUCCAGGAGACGCACCACCCUCCUACGACGCGCUGGAAGGCGUGCCACCGGCGGCCACAGCUGGAGAUGCAAAGGCAGGCCCAUCCAACCAACCCCUCUCCUCGCCCUCCUCUUCCUUUGCUAGCUACCCCCCAUCCGUGGGCCAUGGCCGCGGUCGCGGUAUCAAACGCGGAGGUUCCGCCUGGUUCAACUUCGGGCCCAGCGGACGCGCCGCCCGCGAAGUGCGCACGACCGUCCUCGGCCUCCUCCGCGACCUCGUCAAGCACACUGACUGGAACGGCGCGUUCGGGGUCCUGGAGAGCUGCGCGGACGUGUGCCGCUCGUACGACCUCUCUCUAUCGUCUCUGCUCCAGGAGCCGAGCGUCGAGGGUCAUACGCCCAUCUACUGGGCGAUCAUCAACCGCCCAAACCCACCCGAGUCAGACGGACCGGACCUGGUCUCUGCGCUGCUCUCGCAUGCUGCCCCGUUGACGGACGCGACAGUGGACGAGAUACGGCUGGCGUGUCUGCACACGUCGGACCACACACUGUUCCAGGAGCUUCGGCGCUCGCCAGCGUUCUCGCCGCUGACAGGGACAGAGGAGAUCUUGCUCGGCAGAAGCGUGCCGGUGGACGAUGUGGAUGUGGAGGACGUUACGGAGGAUGAGGGCGCGUUCGUAGCGAAGUUCAGGAUCCCGCUAUUCCAGAAGCGGAUGCGGAUCUCGGGGUCCAUCCGUCUGGAGUUUAUCGCGAAAGGCCGCCUGUGGGAACUAUCUUUCAUAGUGGCGGCGAAGGAGUACGACAAGCGCUUUGGGCACCGACACUUCAAGGCGGGUAGCUGGGUCAUCCGCCUAGGCCUCCUUCCGCACAGUCCUCCGACGUGCAUCGACUCGCGUCUUGUCAUUGAGGAUCCCAGGUCGCGCGGCCAAGACGCGCUGCAGCAGCCGGCAACUCCGUCGUCCUAUGCGGGACUGCCAACGUCGCUCUCCGAGGCCGUAAUGGCAGGCGACGAUGAUCCAGCCACGCCCGCGUCCCCAUCAUCAUCAACGCCGCGGCCAAGGCCGAGGGUAGAGCUGCGGCUGGAGACGCGCGAGCAGCUCGUUGCGCCAAGGCAGUGGGAACAAGGCUCGCAGAUCGUGAUGGCGUUGGAGGAGAGCGCGCUGGCGAACAGCUUGCAGUACAAUGGUUGUCCUUAUCUCGAUCCGGAUGGGUCGUUGAUUGCGAGGCUCGAGGCAAAGCUCGGACCUCCUGGGUCCGACUGCGUCAUUUGUUGAGGACUUAAACCAACAUCGGACGCGGGCAGGCCCCUCUCCUUCAUGGCGUUAAGGGCCUCGGCGGAUGUCCGAGCUGCUCCCGAUCUCUCAUCUGUAGUUGACUGACAAUAUUGGACUUAUUGUAAUUGUACGGAAUUCAGCCAAGAAUAUCGUAGAUUCCCAUCUCAGUACCGUCCGUCGACAUGCAUGGCAUAUGUACGUACGAUGUGAUGCGAGACGUCGACAGAUGGCAGGCUAGAGAAGGGAGUCUAUCUUUGACAAUGGGAAGG